GGAGGUGUGAUGCAUUAUGGGAAAGAGAUAGUCAGCGGGUACGGCUUUACUCAGCUCAUGUAUGUGAUCCAGGGAAACAGUGUUGGUUUUUUUUCCUUCUGAAACUGUAGGAACAGGAAGACGAAAACAGAAAUGGACUGAACAUUAAUGAUCUCGCUGCUAUGACAGCCGCACUGCACAACCACACCGUCAGCUAUUUUUUGCUGCAACUAUCCUGCCUCUAAGCACAAUGCCUCAUGGAAUUUUUCCUUGGCAACUUUGAUAUCCCAUCAAUGGUAACAUUUCAAGAUUAGAGACCUUAGGAUAAAAGUUCAGGUUUCUACAAAAAAAUAAGAAGGGAAAAAAAGCUUCGCUUAUUCAUCUGAAGCACAUACCAUUUUUGGAUAACAAACCUACCAUUUUGGUUUUUAACAAUUUUUUUUUACUGUCCCACUGAGUCAAAGCUUAUCAUGAGAUUCCGAAUCUACAAGAGGAAAGUGGUGAUCCUGACUCUGGUAGUCGUAAUCUGUGGAUUUGCUGUUUGGAGUAGUGGGAAACAGAAAAGAGAGAGUCCUGUUUUUCCCAGGGAAGUGGAAGAUGUUAAGAAGAGCAGCAUAAGUAAUCUGGCCCAAGUCACAGCAUCUGUAACUCGGAAACCAGUCAAUGAUACGGUUCCAGAAAAACUAGUUAUACCCAAGCCUGUGACGGAUAAUACCACCCUGGUGUAUCGGGGGCUUGUGUUCCAAAUCAACUUUGACCAGACCUUGAAGAAUGAAGAGCAGUUCAGAUCUAUACGCAAGAAGGAUGACCUAGUAGUAGUAGUUCAGGUUCACAAUCGACCAGAGUACCUGAGGCUGCUUGUGGAAAGCUUAAGAAAAGCAAAAGGCAUUGAGAAUGUCCUACUUAUAUUUAGCCAUGACUUCUGGUCGCCAGAGAUCAACAACAUUAUUUCGUCCAUUGACUUCUGCCUUGUCCUUCAGAUAUUCUUUCCUUUUAGCAUCCAACUGUAUCCUCAAGAGUUUCCAGGGAAUGACCCUAGGGACUGCCCCAGAGACAUUUCUAAGAAAGACGCCUUAAAACUUGGCUGCAUAAAUGCAGAGUACCCUGACUCCUUCGGCCAUUACCGCGAGGCCAAAUUUUCCCAAACCAAACACCACUGGUGGUGGAAAUUACAUUUCGUUUGGGACAGGGUCCGUGUGCUUAAGGAUCACAGAGGAUUGGUGCUUCUUAUUGAAGAGGACCACUACUUAGCCCCAGACUUCUACCAUCUUCUUAAACAGAUGACGUCUCUAAAGAAGGAGCAGUGUACUGACUGUGACAUUAUUUCAUUAGGGAGCUACGGGCACAUCGGCUAUUCCAGCAAAGCCAACCGAGUGGAGGUAAAGGUCUGGAAAUCCACAGAGCACAACAUGGGCAUGGCCAUGGACAGGGAGACGUACCAAAAACUCAUCCAGUGUACAGAAGCAUUCUGCACCUACGACGACUACAACUGGGACUGGUCUCUGCAGCAUUUAACUGUGAACUGUUUGCCAACUUUCUGGAAGGUCAUGGUGAGUGAAGCUCCUCGUAUCUUCCAUGCAGGCGAUUGUGGCAUGCACCAUAGGAAGGCCGCUUGUAUGCCCAAUGAUCAGAAAAGAAAGAUAGAAAACAUACUUCAGAGCAGCACAAAUCAGCUGUUCCCAAAAAAAUUGCUCAUCACAAAGAGACUGCCUGCGCCGGGGGCUGGUGGAGUAGCCCCUCAUGUCAAAAAUGGAGGAUGGGGGGAUAUCAGGGACCAUGAACUCUGCAAGAGCUAUCUUCGUUUACAGUGACCUUUUUUUGUUUUUGUUUGUUUGUUUUUGGUUGUUUGUUGGUUUGAUUUUCCUUUUGCAUCCUCUAAUGAAAGCCUUUACAAAUUCUUAAUGGACUAUUUCUUUAUAUUGCCUGUUUUGUUGAAAUAUUCCAAAUAAAAAGGGUAUAUGGGA